AUGUGUCCAAAGCCUUUAAAUUCUAAACCAUCCGACAUCCGUUCACAAGCUAUCUUCUUUUGCUUUCGAUAUGUCCUGUGCGCCUUAAAUUCCCAAAAACCAUCCGACAUCCGUUCACACAAGCUAUCUUCCCUUUUGCUUGGAUGUCCCGCAGCGCCUUUAAAUUCCCAAACCAUCCGACAUCCGUUCACACAAGCUAUCUUCCUUUUUGCUCGAUGUCCUGUGCGCCUAAAUUUCAAAAUUGAAACCAUCCGACAUCCCUAUCUCCAUUUGCUUGAUGUCCCGCGCCUUAAAUUCCCCAAACCAUCCGACAUCCGUUCACUGGCUAUCUUCCCUUGCUUUCGAUAUGUCCCGUGCGCCUUAAAUUCCCCCAAACCAUCCGACAUCCGUUCACACAAGCUAUCUUCCUUUGUCCUUUCGAUGUCCUUGUGCCUUAAAUUCCAAACCAUCCGACAUCCGUUCACAAAGCUAUCUUCCUUUUCUUUCGAUGUCCUGUGCGCCUUAAAUUCCCAAACCAUCCGACAUCCGUUCAUUCCAAGCUUAUCUUCCUUUCGCUUUCGAUAUGUCCCGUGCCUUAAAUUCCCCAAACCAUCCGACAUCCGUUCACACAACUAUCUUCCUUUUGCUUUGAUGUCCUUGCGCCUUAAAUUCCCAAACCAUCUGACAUCCGUUCACACAAGCUAUCUUCCAUUUGCUUUCGAUAUGCGUCCCGUGCGCCUUAAAUUCCCAAACCAUCUGACAUCCGUUCACACAAGCUAUCUUCCUUUUCGCUUUCAUCCGAUAUCCGUCCCAAGUCUUUGCUUUCUAAAUUCCCAAACCAUCCGACAUCCGUUCACACAAGCUAUCUUCCUUUGCUUUGAUGUCCUGUGCGCCUUAAAUUCCCCAAACCAUCCGACAUCCGUUCACACAACCUUUCUUUUUUUGCUUUCGAUGUCCCGUGCGCCUUAA